UCUCUGGUCUGUUUUUAUUGGCCAAAUAGGUUAUGUUUCUGCAUACAAAAUGGUUAAUUCAAACGAGGUAUCAAAUAAACCAAUACUUUAUGAAUUGCUAGAAUAUUUUGUACGCAAGCAAGAACCAGAACUGAUAAAAUGUAAAAAGGACAGUGUAAUAUUACCAACAACAGGCACAAUUAAAAAUGCUCUGAGAUAUUUAAACAACAGAUACUCUUUGCCAGAAAGUAUAUCCCAACAGAUCAGUCUUACUUUACCAUGGAAAUUUGCAAUUAGCGACUGUGGAAGAUUACUUGCAGUUUUACAAGAGACUGUAAUAGAAAUACGAAAAGCAAAAGAUGAAUACUCAUCAGUUGUUGGAAAAGCUUCUGUACCAAAAGAUGCUUUUCCACAAUGGAGAAAACUUGCAUGGAGUCCAGAUGGAACACUUUUAGCAUUAGCAUCUAGCAAUGGUCAUACUUCUUUUUAUAAUGCUCUGGGAAACAAUGUUUUUAAUAUUAAUCCCAGAGCUGUUUCUCAGAACCCUCAUAUUUUAGAAGCUGGUGAUGCAAUAACUUCUAUGAUAUUUCUCAAACCCAGAAAAAAUUCAGAAAAAUGGUCUUAUGAAUUUAUGUUAAUCACGUACAGUGGUUUACUGAGAUCAUACCAUAUUUCACCAACCAAUGGAUUUGAAGACAAUUAUGAAUUUUCUUUUGGCAAUUUUUAUAAAAAUGGAAUAACUACUGUUACCUAUGAUGAAAAACAUCAUCUAUUUUAUGUUGCUGGAAAUACCAUUACCCAAAAAUUAAUGUCAACAGCUUCAGAAAGUGGAUUAACAUCAUGGAGGCCUUUGUAUGAUUAUCCAUACUGCAAAUUGUCAUUUACCUUUGAUGAUCAGUCAAAAACAACAUCCAAAUUUUCUAUAUGGAACAUUAUUCCAACAUUGAACUUGCAACCAGAAUCAGUCAUAUUCAAAAUAAAAAUUUCUCCCAAUAGCAAGUUACUAACAUGUUUACACACAGAUGGUUCAAUAUCAUUAUGGAGGUUACCAAAUUUAUUGAUACAGAGGAAAUGGAAACUGUCAGAACAACCAGACUUCAAUAUACCUAAUCCAUUGGGACAUAUAAAAUCGAAAAAAUUUCCAUCUGGUGUUACUGAAUUUCAUCCAUUAGAUAUUGGCUGGUGGUCUGAGGAGGCAAUUAUAAUUGCAAGAUAUUCUGGAUCUACUUCCGUUUGCUGUACACUGAACUUAAAAAAUCUAUUGGGCCCAAGUCCUGAAUUUUUAGCCGGGCAACCACAAAUAUGUGAACUCGGUCCAGAUCGAGGAUUUUUGUGCCUGGAUUGUGAAACAUUUAUAACAAGUAAAAAAAGAACUAGGGAAACUAAUACAGAGGGUCAAAUAUCAGCCUCGUCAGAUAGUGAAGAAGAAAAUGACGAUGAACUAGAACCAGUUAGCAUAUUAAAUUAUACCACAAAUUUAAUGCAGAGUACUUUAUACUCUAUAACAGAUAUUGAAAGAUUUCAACCUAAAAGAAGGAAAUCAAGAGUGUUAUUCAGAACUUAUAGAAUUCUUGGCCUUAAAAGUACAACACCUGAAGAAUUGUAUUCACGCAAAAUUGAUAUAGAGGAAUAUGAAGAAGCAUUGGCAUUAGCAAAUAUGUAUAAUUUAGACACAGAUUUGGUAUAUCAGACACAAUGGCGAAAGUCUGAAUUAUCUUUGAAUGCUAUUCAUGAACAUCUGAGCAAAGUAACAAAAAGAUCUUGGGUGUUACAUGAAUGCAUUACGCGGGUUCCAGAUACCAUUGAAGCAGCGCGAGAAUUAUUAAAUUUUGGAUUAAAGGGUGCUAAUUUGGAAACUUUAGUAGCAAUUGGAACUCAUGAUGAUGGAAAAUUUAUGAUGAUGGACGAUAAUGAUGAAGACUGGAAUGAAAUGGAUGAAGCAAGUAUAAGUUUAAGACAGGUACAAAAGAUAAAUCAGUUGCUCGAAAAAAUUGACAUGAAACAUUUAUCAGAAGCUCAAAAGGAUUUAAUUAAAUAUAGAAGGAAACUUCUGGAUCAUUUAGAUAAACUACUUACAUAUGAAAUCAUUCUGGGAUCAUCAUUAAAAUAUGAUAAAACAUUCUAUGAAGAAUUUCGGCAACUUUCAACAAUUGAAAAUGCGGUUAGAUUUGCGAAAGAUGGUGACUGGCAAGGGGUUGAAAUUAUGUUCACAUAUCACGGUGAAAAUUUGUUACCUCAUUGGCUAGCAAUCAUCAGUUAUUUCCCAGAAACAUUAAAUCCAUUGAAAUAUAAGAAACUUCUACCAGAAUGUGAUACCGACGGCCAAUUGUUUUUACUUGAUCAAUGUGAAUUACGACAAAAAGACUGGUCUGAGAAAAUUGAAUUCAAUGAAAUAAUUAAUUUAGAAAAUGAUGAUGAAUCAAAAGUACUUUAUGAAGACGACCCAUCACUAUCUAUAUAUAGAAAUACAUUACUUACACCAGAGUUAUUGCAAAAAUGGUACGAAUCGCGAGCUUAUCAAAUUGAAAGAAACAGUUGCAUAGUAGAUAAUGCUUUACAAUUAAUAAAAAUUGCCAAGUCACACAACAUUCCUGGUUUAGAAAAUCUCUUGCUAAAUUUGGAAACUUUGGAUGAUCUCAUUUACAAAGUUUAUCUAGAAGAUUUAUCUUUAGACCAAUUACAAAAAUUAUCUAAUUUGGAGAAAAUUAAAUUGUUAAUGAGCAAAACUACUGAAAAAAGUUUCGUGGAUGAUAUCAAAAAUUUUUUACUGCCAUUUAUAAAAAGAAGGCAUCAGUAUUUGGGUGGAGAAUUACAAAGACAUUUGUUUAGCGAUUACUUAGUAUGCAUUAGUAAAGAAGACUUAAAACUACCAGUCAAACUUUUUGAGUAUUUGAAAAUGUCUCGUGACGAAGAAAUUCUUCAAAUGAUAGAAGACAUUGCUACAUUGGCGUUAGACUGUAUUUAUGCUUGCAAUGAUCCUAAUAUGUACGAAAAAGCAACGUGCAUUGUGGAUUCUAUUUCUAAAGAUCGCGAUAGUAAAAGAACCAGCGCGAUAUGCACAUUGCAAGAGGAACUUGAUAGAGAACUUGUAUGUACAAAAAUCUUAAAUCAGUAUGGAGUUAAAACCACGCUGAACGCAUUGCGAAAAAACAAAAGCAAUCCUGAAGCUGCUAAACAAUUGUUAGUUGAAAUGGCAAGAAGCUUGAAUAAAAUAACUCCGCCUCCGGAUGAAAAACAAUGGGCUCAGUUAUUAAAUGGGAUGCUUGAAAUUCAUGGUUUGAUUUUCUCAUGUGUUGAUAUAGAAACAUGCUUUGAAAUUUGUGUAUCGGCACGUUUAGUAUCAGGAGUUAAAUCAAACAUACAAAAUUGUACUAUUUUAAUAGAAACUAAGAAAAAUGAACAAUCUUUGUUGAAAGUAUCUUAUGAAAGAGCAGUGAACUUAAUUUUGGAUGCUAGUAAAGAAUAUUUCAACAGCUCAAAGUCCCUUACUGAUAAUAGUAUGGAAUUAGCUAGAGCCUGUCUUCACCUGAUCGCAGACGACAAUCCACGAAUCAAAGAAGAAUACGACCUUAUUAAUUCACUUCAAAUUCUAACUGAAUUCAACAUUGAUAUACUACCGCUUCAAGUUCGGUUAAUGCAAGACAGACUAAGAUUGAUACAGGACUGUUUGAAUACUCGAGAGGAUGCUCAUAAAUGUCGUCAAAGAUUGUUGACUUUAGCAAAUUAUUUACGAAUCGAAAGGAACAACGGUAGAACACGAGAAGGAAAAGUUUUGGAGUUAAUAGCAAAGAAAGCACUUGAGAUAAAGGAUUUUACUGUGUGUGCUGCUACUUGUCAGCAAUUAAUGCAGAAUAAUUACGUUCCUGCCUGGACAGUUGCUUUAGAUUUAGGAUUUUGUGAAGAUUAUGAUGAUUUGAAAACUAGACAAAAAUGUUUAUGGUUUGCGAUAAACAAUGGACCUAGUGAAAUGUUGAGUAAAGCGUUAGAUCAAAUACAUUUAAUAGAAAUACAAAUGUUACAUAAAAAUUUGGAACUGUGGAUACCACCUAGCGAAUCUGACGAUUUUAACGAUGCUGAUAGUGAAGAUGAAUUUAUAGAUGCACUUACAACUCCACAGGUAGAAACUAAAGAAUUCGUUCCAAAAGUGUUAGAAGCUUCUACUGAAAUAGUAAAAACUUCUGCAAACAUUAUGAAAGAUUCAACGUUUGGUUUAAUUAAAAAUAUAAGCGAUACAAAUUUUUGGAAAUCUAGACUGAAAUUUAAUUUCACAAAUAACCAAGGCAAUGAUACAGAACACGAUAAUACAGAGCGCCACGAAAACGAUGACGACGUCCAAAGUUUUCCAUGCUUUUAUGAACGUUUGCAUGAAAAAUGUAAAGUUAGUAAUCUUGAUAGUAAAUAUACAAGUUAUUCGAUGCCAGAUUUAGAAAACACAAAGUUAAAAUGCUGUCGCGCUUUUCUAAGAGUAGCCAUGUUAAGCGAAUCAUCUUGUUAUGGAUUGGAAGUCAGUGAUAUUAAUCAUUUGUUUUUAGAAUGUGCAAAGUAUACCAUGCAAGAAGAUUGGUUGUUAGGUAUAUGUUAUUUAUUUAGCGUACAAAAGAAUUAUAUAAAAGAGGUGCAAAAUGUUUUAGUGGAAUUACCUGAAACAGAAUUAUACACUCAGACUGCUAUAUACUAUUACUGUUUGGAGUUGCAUAAAAGUUUAUAUAAAGAUUUUAAAAAUUUAUAUUCAUUUAAUCCAUUAAGUUUAAUAUGGAAAGUGAUAAAUGUAGCACAUAAGAGCAAAGAAUCUGACACUUAUGAAUAUUUUAAAUAUUGGCAAAAACGUAUGUUUAAUAAUCAUGGAAUACAAGACACCCAGUUUUCUGAAUCAAAUCAAAUCAUUGAAGAUUAUACAGAUAAAAAAGACAAUGAAUGUAUACAGAAAUCAAAUUCAACUAUUAUAGAAUCAAAUGAUAAAAAAAAAUCAAUUGAAAAUUCGAAUUUAUCUGAAUCUGGUGUUAAUCAUGAUGUAGAAUGGACUGAUGACUGGGGCAAUUUUUCUGAUGAAGAAAUAGUAGAGAAUAUUGAUGAUAAAACAAAUGUCUUAGAACAUGAAUUGUGUACAGAUAAUAGUGUUAUAUUAUUAAAGGAUACUGGUAAAUGUCUAACAGAGAAAGAUCGGUUUGAUGCCUUUAAAAGAGUGUUCAAUAAAAUUCGAAAUGCUGAUGAUUUUUAUGAAGUAAAAAGAAUGUUAAUACAAUGGCCGAAAUUUGAAGAUCCUGAAUAUACGCAACUUGAUAAACAUCCAGUCUUACAAAUGAUGGAGAUACUUAGUCUACAUGUAACAGAAGGAGGCAAAGGCAAGGAUAAACGAAUUUUUCAAGAAUAUAAAGAAUUAAUUGAAAGAUUGUCCUCAGAAAAUAUGCUUAAAGAAUUUUUAAAUAAGGAGAAUAUUCCUCUUGAACAUGCAGUUCAUAUCAAAUUAGACACAGAUGACCCAGAAUUACAUAAAGAAGCAGUAAUAAUCCUUCAAGAAAAGCAUAAGGAAUUAACGUUAUCAACAUCAAUAUUAGAAAUGUUAUUUUUAAAGAAUUUAACGGCAUCUUUUAAUCCAAAUCAUGAAGUGUAUGGUCGAAUCAUUGAACAUGUACUUGUGAAUCGAUCUCUAAUAAAUGUAAAGGAAAAUGCGGACAUUCUUAUACAAGAAUUAAAGAAACAAGGGCACAUAGCUCAUGCUUUAUGCAUAAUUAGAUUGGUGCAGGAUAUACCUCCAUCUUUAUGUACGUUUGAUACUUGUUACCAAUGUUUUACAAAAAAAUAAUUACUCAUUCCUCGUUUUUUUUUUUUUAUAUAAAAACUGUGAUGCGUGUUAAAUAGGAAAAAUUGUAAUUUAGCCUGCUUUCAAUUAUUAAAUAAGAGAUUUUUUUAAUGAAUUGUCUUUAACUCGCGUGUAAGUAAUAUAAAGCUUUUACUUCAGGUAUG